AUGUUGUCUGAUGAGGAGAUUGUAGACAAUGCCAUUAUUGUAAUGAAAGGAGGACAUGACACUUCCACAAUCCUCCUUACCUUCUUGAUCAGGCUUUUGGCUAAUGAUCCAUCUGUUCAUGCUGCUAUUGUUCAUGAACAAGAGGAGAUUGCUAAGAGCAAGGCUUAUGGGGAGCUACUGACAUGGGAUGACCUUGCCAAGAUGAAGUACACAUGGGGAGUAGCAAUGGAAACUCUAAGGCUGACCCCUCCAGUGUUUUGUAACUUCAGGACCACUGUCAAAGAUUUCGAAUAUGGAGGAUUCCUAUUUCCUAAAGGAUGGCAAGUAGUUUGGGCUGCUUUCAAGACACACAUGGAUGAGACCAUCUUUCCAGAUCCAUCAAAGUUUGAUCCAACAAGGUUUAAGGAGCAAAAUCCAGUCCCACCUCACAGUUUUGUGGCAUUUGGAGGAGGACCAAGGAUUUGUCCUGGUUAUGAGUUUGCAAGGAUUGAAACUCUGGCAGUGAUUCAUCACUUGGUCACUUCAUUCACUUGGAAGCUCUCUUCUAAACACAAUCCUUUCAGCAGAGAUCCAAUGCCAGUCUUCAAACAGGUGCAGGCCACAGUCAACAAAGUGCUAUUUGGCCUGCACUUUGUUGUGGGCCAAGCACUCAAUGUUGGCCCAGAUCCUGGUAUGAGCUAG